GCUGUCGAGCAGAAAAGACCUUUGUGGGACCAUUCACUAAGGGUAUAAAAAUCGAUCAAAAAUAAAAACCGAUGCCUUGUGGACAGAGGUUUCCAACAUAAUAGGUGGUGUCAAGAGUUCCGUAGAGUGUAAAAAAAGAUGGGGAUAUUUGAGAGAUAAUUACACAAAAUCUAAAAAAUUGAUGAAGAGCUAUGUUCGGAGCGAAUCAAGUGCAGAAGAUGGUCGCCCUGUUAAAAGCAGUUUCCGCUUUUAUAACAGAAUGCAGUUUUUAGAAACUGUUAUCCAGAAUAGACCAACGGUGAGCUCUCUACCGAUAGAUUUGCUGGACAAUUCAAACUCAUCAAAUGUUUCUGUACAUGACAUUGAAACAAUAACAAGGCUCCAAUCACCGAAAAGCAAUGACAGCAAUGUCCGACCAGACAAUGAAGGAAUUGAACAAAUUGAAACUGACUUUAUGUCAUAUCUCAAGGAGUCCCAGCCAAUUCAGGAUCCAGUACACAACUUUUGCGAUAUGUUAGGAGAUAUUCUACGGCGUUUGCAGUAUAAUAAACGUCGAGAUUUACAAAUGGAGUUUCUCACUCGGGCAAUCGAAGUAGAAAAGAGUACAGAAUUUGAGAUACAAUAA